AUGCAGGCGUCCGCAGCCAACGGGGCGGAGCCCCCAGACGAUUUAGAGGACGGUGAAGGGCCCAACGUGGUGGAAACGGACCCCACGAAGCGCUACAUCAGGCAGUACGAUGUGGUCCUCGGCCGAGGCGCGUUCAAGACCGUGUACAAAGCGUUUGACGAGGCCGAGGGCAUCGAGGUGGCAUGGAACCAGGUCAAAGUCAACGACAUGGCGCUCAGCACGGCCGAGCGCGAGCGGCUGUUUGCAGAGAUCCGCGUGCUCAAGCAGCUGAAGCACAAGAACAUUAUGAGCUUCUACGACAGCUGGCUCGACAUGAAGAACUUCACGGUCAACUUCAUAACGGAGCUCUUCACGUCGGGCACGCUGCGCCAGUACCGCAAAAAGCACAAGAGGAUUGACGAGCAGGUGCUCAAGCGCUGGGCCUGGCAGAUCCUGCAGGGCCUCGUCUACCUGCAUGCACACGACCCGCCCAUCAUCCACAGGCGAGCGCCCACGCCCCCGCCCCCGGCGCCCACCGCACGCCAGGGGCCGCCCGCCGCACCACGCGCCUCGCUGGACCUGAAGUGCGACAACAUAUUCGUCAACGGCACCAGCGGCGUGGUCAAGAUCGGCGACCUGGGGCUGGCGACGCUGUGGCGCGGGCUGACGACGCCGCAGAGCGUGCUGGGCACGCCGGAGUUCAUGGCGCCCGAGCUGUAUGAGGAGAAGUACAACGAGAAGGUGGGGGGGCAAGGGCUUGGGGGGAGGUAG